UUUGGUUCUACCGUGUGUGUGUGUGUAUCGUGUCGGGCCGGCAGUGAGCUUCUGGAUGCGAAAGUUACUCAUUUUCGGUACGACUUCCAACCCGGUCAGUGUUAUUACGCGCUUUUUCAACCGCUCCGUUGAAGUUAAAACCAUGAACAAAACGUUCAAGCUAAAUACGGGCUUCGACAUUCCACUGGCCGGCUUUGGUACCUACCAAAUCCAUGGCCAGGAGCUAAUUUACCAGGUGCUGGAUUAUGCUCUAGAAGCCGGCUAUCGACACAUCGAUACUGCGGUCGUGUAUCGCAAUGAGGAGUACAUUGGCACGGCGCUGAAAACGCUGCUACCGAAGUACAAUCUGAAGCGUGAAGACAUAUUCAUUACCUCCAAGCUGAUAUCUCAGUCGGGAAAGGAUGAAGCAUUUGUUGAGCAAAUGGUGCGCAAGUCGCUCGCCAACUUGCAGACCGACUAUCUCGACCUGUACCUCAUCCACUGGCCCGGUGUGAGUGGUAUGCAAGUCACCCAUCCGGACAAUGUAAAGUACCGGGCGGCCAGCUGGAAUGCGCUGAGCAAGCUGCAGCGCGAAGGCUGCCUCCGUUCGAUCGGCGUUUCGAACUACACGGUGAAACACUUGAAAGAGAUGCUGGCGGAUUGUAAAGGGAUCGUGCCGGCAGUGAAUCAGGUUGAGUGGCAUCCGUACUACUACCAACCGGAGCUGCUCGAGUUCUGCCGCCAGCACGGGAUCUUUCUGCAGGCCUACUCGUCCCUCGGCUCAUCCAACACGGCCGAGCUGCGCGAGGACGAAACGGUCCAAUCGGUGGCGAAAAGCUUGCAGAAAACGCCCGUCCAGGUGCUGCUUCGCUGGGCGAUCGAGCAGGAGGUUGGCAUACUGCCGAAGGCACGAUCGCGCGACCACAUCCAGGAGAACGUUGGGCUGGAGUUUGAAAUUCCGGCCGAGCAGAUGAAGCAGCUGAACGGGCUGAGGGAUAGCGUUGGGCACAAGUUUGCCUGGAAUCCGGAAACGGUUGUCUAGGGGAAAAAAACGGGUUGGAUGUUAUUCAGUGCCUUUUUUGUGUGUUGAGUAGAAGGUGGAAAGGAAGCAGCGUUUGAUUUUAAUUUACUGAUAAGCUUUGAAAAUACUGAUUCACACACUCACUCUCUGUAAGAGGUUAAAACAGUUGGAGUAAUUGUGCACUAACAGUGGUGGUUGUUUUUUUUAUAAAAUAUUCCGUUGGUUAGGAGAUAGGAACAAGUCGCAUUUAAGGUGUGUAUUAAAGGCACGUUAAA